ACCCUGGUAGACGGCCACAAGACAAGUCAACGCAGCCAUGUCGUCACAAUUGGGGCAAGUAGAACCAUUCGAUGAGUCUUCCGCCGAUUGGACUAGUUACGAGGAACGGCUCCAAGCAUUUCUACGGGCUAACAAGGUCCCGGUUGAGCAGCAGGCUGAUACGUUGAUAAGCAUGGUAGGACCGAAGACGUACGCAUUAUUGAAGUCGUUAACGUCUCCGGAGAUUCCCACUAAGAAGUCUUUUGAGCAACUUCUAGAGCUACUGCGAAGCCACUUUGUCCCAAAACUGUCCAUUAUUGGAGAAAGAGCCAAAUUUCAUCGCCGCUCGCAAUUACUGCAAGAGACUACUGCUCAGUAUGCCGCAGAGCUGCGGAGGCUCGCACAAACUUGCGAGUUCGGCACUUUUCUCGAUCAAGCCUUAAGGGACAGAUUUGUUUGUGGGCUGCUUCGUGCUGACAUACAACGUAACUUAUUUGCAGAAGACAACCAGCUUAAGUUUCAAACAGCAGUCGAUCGUGCAAUAGCUAUCGAAGCGGCUAUUCAAAGUGCGUCUGCUACGCGAUCAACGCCACCGACAGAAUAUGACGUCCACAAAGUUAACAGCACUGAACAAACUUCUGCCUCAUGUUAUCGCUGCGGGUCAUUGAAACACGCAGCAAACUCUUGUCGGUAUAUGAAUGCCAAAUGCUUUCAGUGCAACAAAAAGGGCCACAUCAAGCGUGCUUGUCGGAGCAGACAGUUUAAAGAAUCGCCAGGCAAACAUAAGCGACAUGUUCGUACCCUGGCACUGCCGCACAGCAACUUGCAAAGCGUGAAAGCCGCUGCAGAAGUAAGAGCAAAACCGAUCAUGGUCGAAGUUACCAUUAACGACCUACCAGUGAACAUGGAACUCGAUACAGGAGCCGCUGUAUCAGUUAUGUCUGUUUCACAGUUUCGUUCGCUUUUUCCAAGUGCUCAAUUUCGCAGGACAAGCCUUACCCUAAGAACCUACACGAAUGAACGUGUGAAGCCCUGCGGAGUAGCAUUUGUGGCAGUCCAGUGCAACGCACAGACCCAGCGCCUGCCAUUGUACGUGCUACGCCAGGAUGGCCAGCCGCUACUGGGGCGCAAUUGGCUGCAGCACCUCCAGCUGGAUUGGACGCAAAUCCAAGGUCUUCGCCACAUGCAGCUGGGGAAGACAAGCAGCUCCGAGAAAUCGCCUGAGCUCGAGUCCUUGCUAAGCCGCUAUCAAGACCUGUUCAAGGACGAACUCGGCACAGUAAAAGUAUCGCCCUUCAGCUCAGAAUGUGGACGCUGAUUGCUUGUCGCGCCUUCCACUUCAGCAACCUGGCAGGGAUGCGGCCGAAGAAAAUUUUUUGCUUUUGCGUUUAGACAGCAUGCCUGUCUGCAGUAAACAAAUCGCAGAAGAAACUGCACGUGAUCCAGUUUUUCGUCAAGUAGUACAGCACAUUUUGUCAGGCUGGCCGACUAACGUGUCUGCAGACCUGAAACCAUUCUUCUACAGGAAGCUAGAGCUUUCUUUAUAUCAAGGUUGUGUCAUGCUAGGAAUGCGUGUUGUGGUACCACAAAAGUUUCGUCAAUUUGUCCUAGAUGAAUUGCAUGAGGGACAUCCGGGAGUGGUGCGCACGAAGGAGUUGGCAAGAAGCUAUGUGUGGUGGCCAAACAUCGACCAUGACAUAGAGAGAUGUGUUGCCGCUUGUCAAACAUGCGCUGAGACACGCAGUUUACCAGUGAAAUCACCGCUCCAUCCUUGGUCCUGGCCGACGCGUCCAUGGCAACGCCUGCACGUCGAUUUUGCAGGUCCCAUAAAAGGUGUUUCAUACUUAGUGGUAGUCGACGCUCAUUCGAAGUGGCCAGAAGUAUGUCCCAUGACCACUACUACUUCAGAAGCAACCAUAGCAUGUAUUCAUGAACUUUUCUGCAGAUUUGGUUUUCCGGAAACAGUGGUGUCCGACAACGGAAGCCAGUUCAUCUCUGC